GCGCGGCGUGGAGGGGGCGAGGCGGGUCCGAAGCAAAACCCGGCGGAGCCGCUCCCGGAUCCCCAGCCCAACCCAGGCAGCCGCCCGCCCGCCAACCCCGUGCGGGCAAGGCUCGCCUGGCGCCGCCGUCCUGGACUGCGGUUCUCUGCCGCCCCGCGCCCUUUCCUCCUUUCCCCUCCAACCCUCGCCGGACCUGGGUGGGGCAGCCCCUGUGCUCUGGGUGGGAGAGGGCGGUGCACCCGAAGAGGCAAGGCUCUUCCCUGGGGCUGGGAAUGGAAGGGCUCCGGCUUGCCCGGGUGCAGGACAAAGCGCCCUCCCUUCCCCGCCGUGCCUGCGCUUGGUGCAAGGCAGGCGUCGCUCUCGCGAAGGGGGCGUGUGGAGGUGGCCUGCGAUUCGGAGAGGUGCGGGACCCGCAGGCAGCGCUUUCUCCCGCGGAUUGUGCCCCCUCUCUGGCGCCCGCUUGGUCCUUUUGUGCCACAUACACAAGGUCACACGCACGCGCGCGGACCUUGGGGAAAUUCGGCAUAUCUGGCAUGUCCUGUUCUUGCAGUCGCGUUUUCCCAAUGCAUUGAAACAAUGUGGGUUUCUUUGAAAUAAACAUUUAAAAUGCUCUUUUUAAAAAAUCUCCACUCGCCCCGGUUGAGAAGUAGAUCUGGUAGAAUAGCUUGCUGAUUAUGCCGAUGAUAUUAUAUUCUGUUCUCAUGAUAUUUUAAAUAUUAAAUAUAUGCUUGAGUCAGGUAUUUCCCCCAUUCUCCAAUCAUCCAUUUGGUUAUAAGGAGUUACUAUUGGAACUGUAUUUCAUCCUCUGAUGUGGAUGGGCUGGCAAAGGUUUCUUAGCCAGGCAGAUGCAUCCAGUGGCAUAAAUUGCUCUCUUUUUAUUACAUUUUUCAAAAUACUAGUUUAAUCAUGCGGGUCAUGUCCAUGUUUGAAAAUAAAUGUGAAAACUGCAAGUUUAACUGGUUUUAAUAAAAAAGACAUAGAAUGCAGAUGCAGUGUUUCUUGACCUGUUUACCUGGAUCGAGGGCCACAUACUACACCGUGUCAAAAAUAUUAACAUGUCAGAAAGGAGUGUGGGAAGUGACCCGUCAUGUGUGGUUUGUAAAAUCCCCAAGAUGGAAUUUAGAGUAGGAUUAUUGUUCAUGUACUAAUCUGAUAUGGGGGUGGUGACUUUUAUUUCCAAUUUUUGGAUUAAUACUUUGCACUCUGGCUUGUGUAAUGUCAUGGAGUGUUUUCAAGGGAAACUGCCGAUUUCCAUAGUGCAUUUAUUUUUUCCACUUCACACAUGCUGAGGAAGUUAAUUAAGGCUACAUGUUCCAACAACUGUUGAUAGUAGAUAUAAAGGGGGAGGUAUGUUUGUUCAAUAAAUUUUAUGGUUUAAUGGUGCCCACAGCGUACUUGAUGAUUGAUACAUUCAACUACAAGAUGCAUGGGUGCCAUUGUAUGGUCCUAAAACACCAUUGGAACCCAUGAAGUUAACUAUUAGAGGGCCAUUUAAGUUGGCAAAGAUGCUUCAAAAUAAUCUCAUAUAAAAUUGAAACCAAUACUAUAAUAUUCAAUAAGUGAGCAAAAUAAAAUAUUGGAAAGCAUUUUUCUUGUUUCCUUGCACAAAUUCAGAUAAUAGUUAAUCCAUUAAUCCACUUGCAGUCUCUUUCCUCUCCUGUUAUUGAUGUAAAUAAACUUUCUCUAAUACCUUUAACCGUGCAAAUACUUGCACGUUUAUUUAUCUUAAAAUCUCAUCUAGUUGAAGGAUUAGCAUUGGACUGUUUACUAAGUAUCAGGUGUCUGUUUUCUCAGCUAUACUCAGAUAUGAUCUCACUCUUUUGAUGCUGCUUUUUAAAUUAGUUCCUCACCUAUCUUGCCCUAAGAAAAAUGUACCAAUUAGCAGUUUACUGCAAGUUAUUAUCUGUGUUUAUUCACUGAUGCUAUUUCUGUAGUCAUGUAGCCUUGAUAUCAGUAUGAUUAUUCAUUUAUAUUUUUUUCAAAAUGAAAGCAUUGCAAUAAAAUUAAUUAGUAUGGUGCAUUUGAAUUUUGCCUUGCGUGUCAAUGGGAAGCUAAUGUAUUAAAAAUACGAAAAAGAAGAAAAGAAAAACCAUAGUGCUAACAGCAGUUAAUAAGCACUGAAAAUUGCCACAAAUGUAUAAAUACUGCAACCAAGUAUAUUGACUCUGUAUUGACUGCUUUUGUCAACAUGUUGAUUUGCAACUUAAAGACUGUAUAGUGCAGUGUUUCAGACACCCUUCCCACCUGUCAUCUAUAUGGCUCAGCUGGUUAGUGUGUGGUACUGAUAAUGCCAAGGUUGUAGGUUCGAUCCACAUGUGGGGUAGCUGCACAUUCCUGCAUUGUAGGGGGUUGGGCUAGAUGAUCCUUGGAACUCUUCCAACUAUGAUUCUAAUUUUGGACUGUCCAGGGUUCAUUCUUGUCAUACCACUUGUGUCCCAAAGUCAAUGUUUGGGACAGUAGUACUAGAGCAGGGUUUCCCAAACUUGGGUCUCCAGCUGUUUUGGGACUACAAUUCCCACCAUCUCGUGACUACUGGUCCUGCUAGCUAGGGAUGGUGGGAGUUGUAGCCCAAAAACAGCUGGAGACCCAAGUUUGGGAAACUGUGCUAGAGGAAGGUGGAGGUCAAAACACAAUUAUAGUCAAGUCUGCUCCUUUUCCUGGACAUGUCUUGUUUAGGAUCCUGGUGCUUCUGGGAUGUUUACAAGCAGGGUGUAAUGGCAUGCGAUAUUCAGAAGAAUACUCCUGGGUAUGGAGGCGCCAUUUAGCUGUCAUAUAUUAGCUAUGGAGAGAAUAUCAUUUGAAUUUAAUCACUUUUUGAGCCAUCCAAGCUAACAGACUUACGGGGUACUUGUUACAUAAGAUACACACUUGAAAUGAUUUGCCCACAAAUCAAAACAACAUGAGAGUCAAAAUAGUGUUUCCAGAGAGCUAGGAUUAGUUGUACUGGGCAUCCAUGGACAUCAAUGUUGUGGAAAACAUGUUUGCUGCUACAUAAAAUUGUGAAGCACCCCUUAUUCACUUAGUCCAGGCAUGGCCAAACUUGACCCUCCAGAUGUUUUUGGGACUACAACUCCCAUCAUCCCUAGCUAACAGGACCAGUGGUUAGGGAUGAUGGGAAUUGUAGUCCCAAAACAGCUGGAGGGCCAAGUUUGGCCAUGCCUGACUUAGUCCCUAUAUCUAUUAGGAGAAACAUCCUGUGCCCUACAAGUUCAGAGGUAGUUGGUGAAUAUCAUGCUUAACCACAUGGGCGUUCUAGGUAAUUAAGCCAAAGUGAACUGCCAGGGUCCUUUAUGCUUUCAGGUAAAUAUACACAAAUAAAAAAUGAUUACUGGAAAUACAGGUGAAACUUGGAAUAUUAGAAUAUCGUCGAAAAGUGCAUUUAUUUCAGUAAUGCAACUUAUUAUUUUUUAUUUUAAUUUCAAUUUUUACAAUUUUUCUUUUGGAAAUUCCACAGUAAUAAAACAAAUAGUUACAAUAAUACAAAAAUAAACAUCACUAUUACAUUUCAUUAAUUACAUUCCAUUUAUAAUUGACCGGCCUAACGACAAAUCAUUACAAGUACAACAAAUAAAGGCUUGACAUAUCCUGCUUUGUAUGUCAUGCAUCUAUCUCAUAUAUUGGUUUCACCUUUUAAGUUGUGUUACUGAAAUAAAUGCACUUUUCGGCGAUAUUCUAAUUUUACGAGUUUCACCUGUAAUUGAAAUCGAGCUCUUUCUGUUUUGUAGAUUGCCUCUCCAUAAGCAAAAGCUUAAGAGCCCUCUUAAGAAGUGCCAUUACUAUGCCCUUGCUUGUCUUUUCUGCACUCAGGAGUUUCAUUUCCAGAAGACGCCCAAAUAAAUACCAGUUUUGGCCCCUCUCCGUUUUUACCUAUUGCAGUUAUGUGCAAAACAUUUCAGAACAGAACCUGCUGUUUCUGAAAGUACCAGAUUGAAAGCUUAGAAGCGGUCGCCAAUGAUGGGUGGGGAGACUGAGUAUCUGAGUGAGCAGCAAGUGUCAUCUUAGAAAUAAAAACUUCAGACAUAUUCUUCAGAUUGUGGUGGAUUGUCUGUCGCUCCAAGUGUCUGUCGCCUCAAGGUGCAAUGUGUGAAUCCCAGUUGUACUAGUUUUGUACAAGAAAGCUGACAUUAACCCUUCCGCAAAAAGUAGUGUUUCUUGGGCUACCAGGAGCCUUCAGUUUUCUCGAUAGCAGCACCCCCUGUGGUUUGCAUGUCGUGCCAGGUCAAACUAUGGUUUAGCGCAGUGUUUCCCAAACUUGGGUCUCCAGCGGCUUUUGGACUACAGCUCCCAUCAUCCCUAACUUGCAAAACCAGUGGUCAGGGAUGAUGGGAAUUGUAGUCCAAAAGCAGGUGGAGACCCAAGUUUGGGAAACGCUGGUUUAGCAGGACCAUGCAGCCUCCAGGGAGGAGCUCACAGCUGCCUUGCCCUUCACUGGUCCUUUUCGCUGCCAUACUGCACUGAGCUGAACCAAAGCUGGACUGCAACAGUAAGUACUGGGCUCUGAGAAUCAUAUAAUUUCUGGAGAAUAUUGGGUCAUAAGAGAUGUGUAAUUCCUCCCCACAGAGGUGCAUCUGACACUUUCAUUGCAUUGCUUUUGUUGUAUGCUGAAGAUGCAUCUCUACCCUGUUCUUUUUACACUUGAGAUACAUAUAAUUUAGGACCCACUCUAGUUGUGAUAGAAAAUAUUUUUAGACUGUUUUCAGUGAUGUAUCUUAUAUUGAUAUAACCUGCCCUGGAACGUUCUGGUGAAGGGCAUAUAAAUCGUUGUAAAAUGAGCCAACAAUCCUGCCAUUUGCUGUUUCAGGAAACAGUACUGAGAAUAAUAACCCUUUACCAGCUGUUUGAUCCUUCCAAAUGUCCCAUUACAUGCAGAGUUUCAUAGGAACUUAUCGUGGAAAUCAAUACAUUUCAAAUUAUUACAUUUUGAUACUUUUGGGUGGUCUUAGGAGGUUUUCAUAUUUCCACAUAUGUUGAUCUCAUGUUUUUCUUUGCAACCUCAAAGCUAGGUACCUCACUUUUAUUUUUAUUUUUCAAGUGAAGGCCAUUUGUAAAUGGGAUUGGCUAGGGCUUUCCACCAUAUGUAUAAGAUCACAUGGAAUGGACAUGUGCCGUACAUAGCUCUGUAAAUGCUUUUUCCUGUAUGGAAGUUAUGUUUGUUUAGGGGACUUGUCAUGUUCUGCAACUCAGACACAAGGUUGAGUGUUAAAUUUUCAAGUUAUCGUGCACAGCGUUCUUAAAACAAUAACAUUAGUGGAUGGUGGGAAGGCUGUAGCUCAGAGAUAGAGCACCUACCAUCUCUAGGCAGUGCUAGGAAUAUCCCAUUUGAAACCCUGGAGAACUGCCAAUCAAUGUAGACAAUAUCUGACUGAUGGUCUGACUCAAUAGAAUGUAGUUCCUUUAAUGUUGUGAGUUAUGUUCUGUGUUUAACUGUAGGGAGUAAUAUAACCCUUUAGAAAUCAAUAGCAAAACUCCAGCCGAAUGUAACCUGGGGCCUGUUUUUAUCCAGCCUCUUCUAGGCGUAAAAAAGCACUUUCAUUAGUAUCUUGGAAUCCACAUAUUUCGGGUAGGUGAGCCUUUUGCUAUGAAGUGCCUAAUAGUCUCAUUGGAAUCUUUGUCUCUUCUGUUUUCAAAGGUCUCCGAAAUGGCAGAGGAUGGCAGCAAGGAGGCCGUGCUUAUCUGGUGUGAAGAUUGCAAUCAGCAUCAUGAUUCGGAAUGUCCAGAACUGGGCCCAGUGGUGAUGGUCAAAGACUCCUUUGUGCUAAGUCGGGCAAGAUCAUCCCUUCCCUCCAACCUGGAGAUCAGGCAAGUUGAAGAUGGGAUUGAAGGCGUUUUUGCAGUAACACAGCUGGUGAAGCGUACCCAGUUUGGCCCCUUUGAAUCAAAGAGAGUUACCAAACUGGAAAAGGAGUCAGCAUUUCCAUUAAAGGUUUUUCAGAAGGAUGGACCUCUAGUGUAUUUUGAUACAUCUAAUGAAGAUGAUUGCAACUGGAUGAUGAUGGUGAGGCCAGCCAACCAAUACGAACACCAGAACCUGUCUGCCUUCCAGCAUGAUAAUGACAUUUACUUCACUACAUCCCGGGACAUCCCACCAGGCACAGAGUUACGAGUGUGGUACGCCGCUUUCUACGCCAAAAAAAUGGAAAAGCCCGUUCUAAAGCAAGUUUCUAGCGUUGCCAAUGACGUUUGUUUAGUAGUGAUGGAAUGUGACCAAGAAGAAAACAAAAUUACUUCGAAGCCUCCCUGUUCCAGUGGCACUUAUUCUCUCAAAAAAUUAAAACUCUCACGUUCUAAACUUUCAGAGCAUCGCCGGAGUCACUUGGAGCAAGCCAAAGGAGCUCCACAGAGCAACCAAAAUGAUGCAGUUCCAGAAAAGGUUAUGGAGGCCCCCCCUGCAGACCAGCCCGUAGCCCGUGAAAGUGCCAACACCUCAGUGGAAGGGAAAAGAAAACCACGAAGGGGCAGGAAGCCCAAAGUGGCAAGACCAGAAACUCCCAUUGUGAUUGUGGACAAUAAAGACUCUUCUGAGGAACAUGUUGCUGAAAUUAUAACGGAGAUUCCACCUGAUGACAUAGCUCUUCCUCCUACAGAAGAAGCAAGGUUUAUGGAGGUGGUGUUAGCGAAGAUACCCAGUACUGCAAACAGUAGGAAUUCUAUAUCGAAGUUUUCUCACCAUCAAAGCUCCAUGUCCCUCAAGAGGAGCUUGCUCCUCUCCAGCCGACAUGGGAUGCGGCGCAAGAUGAUCAAGCAACUUGGGGAACACAAGCGCGUCUAUCAGUGUAACAUCUGCAGCAAGAUGUUCCAGAACAGCAGCAAUCUCAGCAGGCACAUCCGCUCUCAUGGUGACAAAUUGUUUAAGUGUGAAGAAUGUGCCAAGCUUUUCAGUCGAAAAGAGAGUUUGAAGCAGCAUGUUUCAUACAAGCACAGUAGGAAUGAGGUUGACAAUGAAUACAGGUACAAGUGUGCUACAUGUGAAAAAGCUUUUCGGAUAGAGAGUGCGUUAGAAUUCCACAACUGCAGAACAGACGACAAGACCUUUCAGUGUGAGAUGUGCUUCAGGUUUUUUUCCACAAACAGCAACCUCUCAAAACACAAGAAGAAACAUGGGGACAAGAAAUUUGCUUGCGAGAUCUGCAACAAGUUGUUCUACCGGAAGGAUGUCAUGUUGGAUCACCAGAGGAGGCACCUGGAAGGAGUGAGGCGUGUGAAAAGAGAGGACUUUGAGCACAGCACAGAGAACAUGGUUCGCUACAAGAAAGAACCUUCUGGGUGCCCUGUUUGUGGAAAGGUAUUUUCAUGUAGGAGCAAUAUGAACAAGCACCUCCUGACCCAUGGAGAUAAGAAAUACACCUGUGAGAUUUGUGGCCGCAAAUUCUUCAGAGUAGAUGUGCUCAGAGAUCAUAUUCAUGUUCAUUUUAAGGACAUAGCAAUCAUGGAUGACCACCAGAGAGAAGAGUUCAUUGGCAAAAUCGGAAUAUCUUCAGAGGAGAACGAUGAAAACUCAGAUGGAAGUGUGGAUUCUGAGCCUCACAAGUAUAGCUGCAAAAGGUGCCAGUUGACGUUUGGCCGAGGAAAAGAGUACCUGAAACACAUUAUGGAAGUUCACAAGGAGAAAGGCUAUGGCUGUAGCAUCUGCAACAGACGCUUUGCCUUGAAGGCAACUUACCAUGCGCACAUGGUCAUUCAUCGGGAGAACCUGCCAGACCCCAAUGUGCAGAAAUAUAUCCAUCCAUGUGAAAUCUGUGGAAGGAUUUUUAACAGCAUAGGGAAUUUAGAACGGCAUAAACUUAUUCAUACAGGUGUGAAAAAUCAUGCCUGUGAACAGUGCGGUAAAUCAUUUGCAAGGAAGGACAUGCUGAAAGAGCACAUGAGAGUCCAUGAUAAUAUUCGAGAAUAUCUGUGCGCAGAAUGUGGCAAAGGCAUGAAAACAAAACACGCCUUGCGGCACCACAUGAAGCUUCACAAAGGGAUAAAGGAGUACGAAUGCAUGGAGUGUCAUCGGAAGUUUGCACAGAAAGUCAACAUGCUGAAGCACUACAAAAGGCACACAGCAGGAAUCAAAGAUUUCAUGUGUGAGCUCUGUGGGAAGACGUUUAGCGAGAGGAAUACAAUGGAGACCCAUAAGCUCAUUCACACAGUGGGAAAGCAAUGGACAUGCUCAGUGUGUGAUAAAAAGUACGUCACAGAGUACAUGCUUCAGAAGCACAUUCAGCUAACUCACGAUAAGGUAGAAGCGCAGAGUUGUCAGCUCUGCGGGACGAAGGUUUCCACCAGAGCUUCAAUGAGUCGUCACAUGAGGCGAAAACAUCCAGAGGUGCUUUCAGUUAGAAUUGAUGACUUGGAUCAGCUCUCAGAAACCACAACUGUUGAUGCUUCAUCUAUAGGAAUUGUACAGUCAGACCUAGCCCUGGAACCGGGAGAGUUACCGGAAGGCAAGCAUAUGAAGGCUCAUAAACGUGGUCAUAAACGAAAGCAUAAGCCCGAUGAAGAGGAAGAAACCCAAGUGCCUGAGGAUUCUGCCUUCAGUGAAUACACAGAGAAAGAAGUGGAAUUCACAGGGAAUGUGGGAGAUGAGACCAAUUCAGCUGUGCAAAGCAUUCAGCAGGUGGUGGUGACUCUCGGAGACCCAAAUGUCACAGCCCCUUCUAGCUCUGUUGGCCUGACCAAUAUUAGUGUUACCCCCGUCACUACACCAGCUGGAACCCAGUUUACAAACCUGCAGCCUGUGGCUGUGGGCCACCUGGCUACUCCCGAGCGCCAGUUGCAGCUAGACAAUUCCAUCCUCACUGUGACGUUUGAUACAGUCACCGGUUCUGCCAUGUUGCACGGCAACCGCCAAAAUGAUAUCCAGAUACAGUCGCAGCCUGAGCCGGCAAACCCCCAGUCAGUCGCCCAUUUUAUAAACCUGACUACUCUGGUGAACUCCAUCGCUCCGUUAGGGAGCCAGAUAUCGGAACAGCAUCCCUUAACCUGGAGGGCGGUGCCUCAAACGGAUGCCCUUCAAACGCAGGCCCAGCCCACACAGCAGCAGCAGCAGCAGCAGCAGGCGGGGCAGCCACAGGUUCAAACAGAACAGCAGCAGCAGCAGAUGUACAGCUACUAACUUAUACUUGAAAGGAGACACCAAACUGUGAAGGGGCUUGUAGGAGCCCAUGGGACACAUACACCGAAGAAUCGAUUGCUGGAAACCAAACAGAGGUGGAGGAAAGAGCGCAUGCAAUAAGGGCAUGCUGAUGUUGGCCCAACAGCUUGAAAGGCAGAGGCCUUGAGAGUCGCUACCAACACCGCCAGCCCUGUUCAAAAUAUGGGGUGAAAUCAGCUGCUGGGAAUAGCGAGAAGUCUGAGGUCUUGGGGGUUGUGGUACAUUUGGCAAGGAGACAGGGAAAUAAGAAGCAGUAUCUUCUAAAACCGCACAGCAAGAGCGUUUAAGUGUAACGGUCACACUGAGUUAGGUUGCGACUAACUUGACAGCGGGAUGUAAGGAUGGAAUUGAGCAAAUAAGAAAUGUUUUUGUUUUCCUUAGACCAUUCCUGUAUCUAAUGGAACGUUUGGGAAAAAUAAGUGGGUGGGGAUAGUCCGUGAUGUGAAAUAUGCCUCAUUUCAUGAAUCAUUUCCAUGUUGGUGGUGAAGAACCCACUUUACCAGUAAGACAGCUUGGGUUGUCACCUGGG